UAACCGUCAAUAAAAAACUGACUUCACCUACUGCAUGGAGACAGGUUGUUCAGAGGGGGAGAGUGAAGAGAAGCUCGAUUAUUUUAUUCAUGAGCACAGCAGACAGAAAUGUUAUCUCAAUGAGCUCUGUGGGACGGGCCAGUAGUGUAAAUGAGCUUUGCUUUGCACCGAGAUACAGAGACCAUGCAACAUCAUUUAUCGACAUAUCAACCCGUUUUGCUGCCUCUGCUGCUUUCCCUCCAGCUUCUUUCAGGAAGACAAGAUGUCUUACACCAAGUUAGUGGGAUUCUAAACCAGUCCGUUUGCCUGUCACACCAAUUGGACUUUCUUGUAGAAAGAAUAGUCUGGGAGCUGGAGCACAAUGGAAGUGCCUUCAAACUAGCAGAAUAUGAGGAUCAGUCAUUAAUUACUCUCAACAGUCGAUUUUCCAAUCGCCUGGAAAGUUCUAAUGCCGGAACAGCCUUACGAAUCACAAAGCUGAAGAUAGAGGAUAGCAAGAUCUAUAAAGCAAUCAUUACUCUCAGAAAUGCAGAUAUCAGAACUGUGUAUUUUAAUCUCACUGUUUAUGAACCUGUCCCUGACCCAACUCUUAGUGCACAUGUGGAGAAGGACAAGACCUGGUGUAAUGUUACUCUGCAUUGCUCUGUGCCAACAAAUGUAUCCCUGAUAUUCUACAUCUGGAUGUACAGGAAUGGGAGCUCUGGGUACCAGCACUAUACUAAUGGCACCACUAUCCACCUCUUACUAAUGGAUAUCCCCCAAAAUAUGGAAUUCCUCUGUUUGGUUAAAAAUCCUGCAGAGCAAAAAAACGUAUCGGCUCAUGUAGAACAGAUCUGUGAGCAUGUGAAUGCAGCAGCAGUAGAUAAUUCCUGCUGGAUUAAACUCCAUGUCUAUCUUCCCAUCUUGGCAAUACUGUCUGUUGCAAUGCUGCUUGUUGCAAGAUUAUAAAAACUACACACAGUGAUCAGAAGCCCCUGCAUGGAAUGUACAUCUCUCCCAGAAUGAUCUAUUAGACAGAAGAGAUGCAGAGGAUUACAGGGGAUGUGUUCACUCAGGCCGAAAGGCCAGUGCUGGUGCUGGAAUCCAUGUCAUGUUAAUGAGUUAUGCCCUGUGGGUCUGGGAAUGAGCUCCCUGUCCAGGACGUAGGGAGUGGAGAAGGAGUUUGCAUAGUUUUUGGAAAAGCAGAGAAAACAAACACCAAAAGAUUGAGUAUAAAUUCUUUAUAAUUUAAUAGGACUACAUUGUGACUGAGGCUGAGGUUUCCUGUAUUUAGACUAUCCGUUAACCAGUCUGUCCUGAUUUUAGAGGAAUGAACUUUGAUUUGUUUGUUGCAUAUGUUAUGUGCAAUUAAAACUUAUUUUGUAAAAAAAAAACAAAUAAUGAACAGUUAUGAAUAAAACACAGGCAAA